AUGGCGUCAAUGCGUUUGAAAGAAUUGGAACAAUAUUUGCAACAAUUAGAUGGAUUUGAAAGUCCUAAAGUACAUUUAGAACAAUACUCAACAAGUGCUCAUAUUGGCGCACACUUACUUUAUACUGCCCAAACACAAUUUAAUGACAUUGAAGGUAAAUCUGUAGCUGAUUUAGGUACUGGUUGUGGUGUAUUAUCCCUCGGAGCACGAAUGCUUGGUGCUGAUUAUGUCGUUGGUUUUGAAAUAGACACAGACGCUCUUGAAAUUUUAUCAAGAAAUUGUCAGGACAUUGAAUUAUCAGUUGAAGCUGUGCAGUGUGAUAUUCUUAAGUAUUUACCAGGAAAAUUUGAAAAAGCAUUCGAUACAGUAAUAAUGAAUCCGCCAUUUGGUACUAAAAAUAACGCUGGAAUAGAUAUGGAAUUUUUGGAAAUAGCUACUAGAUUAUCACUAAACACAGUGUAUUCAUUGCACAAGACGUCAACAAGAAAGUAUAUUUUAAAAAAAGCGAAAGAAUUUAAUUGUGAGGCAAAAGUUGUUGCUGAACUGAGAUACGAUUUACCUCAAGCAUAUAAGUUUCAUAAAAAAAGUUCUGUUGAUAUACAAGUAGAUUUUAUACGUUUUUCUAUAAACUCAUAACAAAUAAUAAUAAUAUUGUUAUUUUAUGUUUUAUUAUUCAAAUUUAAUUCCUUGGGCAAGUGGUAAUUCAUUACCAUAAUUGAUUGUUACUGUUGAACGACGCAUGUAUGACUUCCAUGAGUCACUACCACUUUCACGACCACCUCCAGUUGCUUUUUCACCUCCAAAUGCUCCGCCAAUUUCAGCUCCACUUGUUCCAAUGUUGACAUUAACUAUUCCACAAUCAGAUCCAUGUGGACCUAUCCACUAAAAAUAUUAUUAAAUAAUAAUAUUAAAACUUAAGUCAAUAAGCAAUAAUAAUAAUAAUAAUAAUAAUAAUAAUAAAUAAAUAAAUUUUUUACAUUACCCGAAAUACGUUAGGUAAAUUUUUAGUGAAUAAUGAACUACUGAGACCCUGUUCAACGUUAUUAUUUUGCAUGAUAGCAUCUUCAAUUGAAUUUGAUUCUAGAAUGUAUACAAUGGGCGCGAAAGUUUCUUUUUGUACGAUUUCAUCAUCAGAUGGAAGACCUGAAAUAAUUGUUGGCUCGACAUAAAAACCUGGGCGAUUUAUUUGUUUACCGCCGAAUUCAAUUUUCCCGCCAUUUUCUACAGCUUUUGCAACGGUUGUCUAUAAAGAUGUUUAUAUACAUUUAAAAUAAUAAAAAUAAAUUAAUUAUUUAUGAUUAUCAAUAAAAAUAAUAACUUUAUAAGCAUCAACGGCUUGUUGGGUAUGUAGAGGACCAUAAAGUGUCGCAUCAUCCAAAGGAUCUCCGAUUCUUUCUAGAAUACUUUUGAAUGCAGUACGUAGUCUACUGACAAAUUCAUCUUUUAUUUUAGAAUCUAAUAUCAAACGUCUUGUUGAUGUGCAUCGUUGCCCAGCGGUUCCGACACAUGAGAAUACCGCAGCUCUGACAGCCAUUUCCAAAUCAGCGUCAUUAGCAACUUUAAUAUUUAAUAAUUAAUCAUUACGUAAAUUAAAUUAUUAACUAAAUUAAUAAUUAUAUAAUAAUAGUGGCCUCAAAGAAAUGAUUGAAAAAUUCCCAGAUAUUUUACGGUUUUCCGGUAAAAUUUUUUCCAUUUUUCCCUGAUUCAGAAAUUUUAUUCGUAUCAUUAAGAUAUUCAAAUUUUUAAUUAUAUUUUCAUUGUCAAUAAUUAAAUUUGAUGAUUAAGUUAUACGAGAAACAAAAAAAAAGUCAAUAAAAUAAAUUAAUAUGGCUUUUGAUUAUUCGAUGUUAAAAAUAUGUAAAUAAAAAUUUUAAAUGAGAAAGUUUAUGAUUAAAAUAAAUUCAAAAUACACUAGUCACUAAAAUUAAGGGAUAUUAGAAAAAUUCCAAAUUCUUAAGUAAUUUUCAACAGGUUGUAACUCGAUAGAAAAUGUUCUUAGAACAAAAAAAAUCUGUCUAUCGGUUGACCUUGCGGGCCAGCCCCAAAACUUCCCGCUGUUUUCGAGCUCCUUGAGCUCAAAGAGCUAGAAAACAUUGUUGUAGAUACAUUUCCGAGCUCUUCGAGUUCGAAAAUACUUUUGUAUACCAUUGUUUUAGAAAAAACCGUUUUUUUAGCAUUUCUUUCUCCCACGAUAUCUCACGAACGAAUUAACCGAUUUUGAUGGUUGAGGCGGCAAUUGACGUAUUCUAUUGAGUUCUAGAGCUGAUAAGAUUUUGAAAUUUUUUAGUUCAGUUGUUUCAAAGAUAUUCGCAAAAAACCGUUUUUUACCAUCUCUUUCUCCCGCGAUAACUCUCGAGCGAAUUAUCCAAUUGAGAUCGCUAAGGCGGCAAUCAACGCGUUUUAUUGAGUUCUAGAGCUGAUUAGAUUUUGAAGUUGAUCGUAUAAGUCGUUUUUGAGAAAUUAAUAAAAAACUAAAAAAAAAAAUUUUUCUUUUCGUAAUUUGCCAAUAUUUUCGAGUCUACUUCAUCAAAUGAUCUGAAAGUAUCAGAAAAGUUGAUGACCAACAAGCUCUUUCGAUUGCCGCCUUAUCCAUCCAAAUUGGUUCAUUAGUUAAAAAGUUAUAGACCGGUCACACACAUACACACACACACACACACACACACACACACACACACACACACACACACACACACACACACACACACACACACACACAUACA